GAAAUUUCAAAUUUCGUUUCCGUUUGGGCACAAUGUGCGCGAGAGCGGCUUUUGGAGAUGAAUUUGCAGGAAUUAGCCAAAUUUGGACAUGGCUACUCUCGCUUAGUGCAGGCUGAGUCGAACUUGCGUGCGAGUGCAGUUUCGCGAGUGGUGUCGUUUGGGAGUGAGAAAUCGACGAGAAGUACUGGAAAACACAAAGCAGGAGUAUACUUUGUCAACCACAUAAGCGGCGUUUCGGAGCGAGAAUUCCUUGUCGCAUGGUGCAAACAGUUUGCGGCUGUAUUGAGUGCGCAGCGUCUUUGUACUAGGAGCAGGUCCAAUGUAUUCUUGGAAACGGAAUCGAGAACAUUCGGCGCGUCUAGUCCACACUCGGAAGUGGUCUCUCCCCGCUCAGCCACACCAAUUCUUGACACUAGUAUUGCAUCAGCGAAAGCACCAGUCGACACUAUUGCCCUGGCUAAAGCGGUCCAGAGUCUUGGGGCUUGUGCUACUUGCGGUGCGCUCUCCUCUAUGGAUUCGAAGGAGUUGCGUGUCGUCUCGCAGUUAGCGUCUGAGUUGGAAAGCGCCUUGGUGGAUGAAGAUCAUGAAGUGGGGUCAAAAUCACUGCUCUCGAUUAUACCCGGGCCACAGUUUGUUGGUAUUCUCUUCGGACUCGGGAGACUCGAGGCUCAGUUAGAAGGGCAUGUUUACUCGUUGCGGGACGAAACCAUUCGAUCGUGGCUUGAGGAAUAUAUUAGACGGAUGGAUGAAAACGAAAGGGGACUAGACCCAGUCUUGUCGCAGGCGCAGCACUUGUGCAAUGCCGUGUUUGCAGUUGGGAAAGCACUAGGAGCUCGAACAGCCAAAAGUUAAGGUCAACAUUUAGUGUCCAUCUUUCUCGGGGUCUUGGUACCCUUUUCCCUUGUUUUUUCAUGGGAUACAAGGUGAAAGGGGCCAACAAGACGAGGGAACCGAGAUGCAUCCAAGCACACGCUAAAAAGAGAAACAAGCGGAAUAUAGUCAGAGUGCAACUGUUACUGUAGUGGAUGAGGAAGGACAAGUGGAAGAUGAAAAUGAUUACGAGGAUGACACCAGAGGAAGGGACAGGAAGGAGUUAGAUUUUCGGCAGUCCAAAGAUACAUCCUCUUCCUCUGAGGAUCCGUCGUCGAGCAAUCUCAUCAAACUGAGAACUCUCGUAUCAGCAUUCGCACGGGAAUGGCAGGCUGUGGCGCUAGGCUCAACAUCGAUAGUAGUUUCAUCUGAAUCGAAAAAAGAGCAGGAAGUGUUCAGAAAGUACUCAAUCCGCGAAAUGAACAAUGCUCUCUACGGUUUGGCACAGUGUGUUGACUACAUUCGAACGGAAGCUGGUACCAGUAUGCGGCCGGAUUCUUGUCAAGAGGUUGGAUCAAUUUAUGUUCAUUCACAUUCUAGAACUAGAAUGUAGUCGGUAUCAGCACCACGUUGGUUUAACACAUUCGUUCCAUUGAUCCAAUAUUUGAUGUUUUGAUCCAAUUCCGAUUCUUCUGAUCCCAAGCAAACUAUCAUGUACUCCUAUGCCUAUUCUCUUUCUCUUCUAAUUCUUUGUCGACCCAGCUUUCCUGAGCGCAUGGCAGCAAGCGGCUAGUGAGAAGGUAUCUAGCUUUUCGGGACCUGCGUUGUCAUCGUCCCUAGCGGGAGUGGCAACCUUGUGGGAAGACCUGGGCGGCAUUGGAGGAGCAAGGGAGCUGAAUAGAGGAGCUGAUAAGAACCAGUAUGAUUUGGCUUUGAGAUGAUAUGAUGACGUAGAUAUCGUUAGGGAAGUUUUAGGCAAGCUGCCGCAUGGAUUGGUACCAUCAUGAUGAAAGAAGUAGAGGCUAAGCUGUCCUAUAAUAUUCUACUUGUUAUGCUGGCAGCCUUGUAUCCUCGACGCCGAUUCCAUCCAUGCUGGCUAGCCCAGACCUCUAUCACAUCUCCCCUCCGCCCAACGAACCCUCCUUUGUAGAUUUUUAGAACUUCACCUCCUUCCACACCUUCACCUCGACAACUUCUCUGUCCUCUUAUAUAACUUCUCGUGAGGAGCAGCGGCAAUCAUUGGUGAAGUUUCUGGACGCAUGGCGAACAAGAUUUUGUGACGCAGAUUUCGAUGAACGGGGUAUUGUCCAAAGUCUAGGCGGAAUGCGGAAGCUUUUAGAAACGUUCUUGUCAUCCAUGCAAAAUCCAAAUCAUAUGGUAGCGGAGCCGCUGCACGCUGUCUAUCGAGACCUGGAGGCACGAGCAACAGAAUGGCUAUGUUUUUCACAAUCCACUUCUGGCUUAGGGAAUGGCCACGAUGCAGCAGGAAAGGACGUUCAAAGGGGAAAAGUAAUGCCGCAUGCAACUACGAGUCACGGACUUCUGCAGACUGUGUACAAUCUGGGAGUGAUUCAAGAACUCCGUGCUGAGCAGGGGAGGAAGCUUGGUGACGCUACGGUCGUGUCGAGUCUGAGUGAUCACAGAGAAGAGGCUUCCGAUUCGGGUACAAUUUCAGUGCCACAUGUUUCACCUGAAAUGCUUGAGGCCUGGGAAGCGAAAUGUGCUGCUUACAUAGAUUAUACCAAGGGACAUAAUGAUAAUUUUUGUCUGUCAGAACCAGAAGCAAGUAUCCGUUCGUCUGCUCGUAAGGGACGCCAACGCGAACAACUGUGCGACAGCUGGCUUGGUUGUGUAAUACGUGCUUAUGUACGAUUAGUGUCGAAUUGGGGCGAAACGAGUACAAGCGGUCCGGAAACAACAGGUCUACUUUCUGCUCGAAGAAAACCGCGUAAAGAGUCACCUUUUGUCGAAGCGUGGAUUGACGCAUACACCACUACUUUACGAGGAGAACGUACUCCGAGUCAGCGGCGAAGUUUGUUUCGUGCAGUUUGGUCCUUGGGCAAAUUGGCGGAAUAUACACGCGUUUUCGUGAAAGAACAGAACCACGAAUAUGAUAACUUCGGAGAAGAUGAUAUCAUAGUAAACUACGCAGACGAUCAUCAUAUAGAGCAGGACAAUCAUGAUCGCUAUGCGUCAACAAGAACGUCCUCGUCUUCAAGUUCAAGUGCUGCAACUAACGUGCUGAGACGAUCGGACUCAAAUUUUGCUGCAUCCUGUGUGGAGCAAAAGUUUGUGCAAGCUUGGUUAGAACGUGCUCGCACUGUUGACAUGGCUGAGCCUGUGCUAAUUGCAGGCAUUGUCUACAGCUGGGGCAAACUUGCGACUGCAUUAGACUUGGCGUGUCUUUCUGAACUGCGAGCUUUUUUAUCGGACAAGUAUCUAGCGAAACUCGUGGAAUUAGACUGCUCACCAAAAGAGGGUGGUAGUAGAGCAGAAAGCGACCACCGUAUUAAGCCUUCUUCCGCGCUGGAUAUUAAAGAAAGCGAUCAUCAUAAGUCUUCGUUUUCCGCGUUCCGUUGGUUCCAGGGUCGCGUGGAGAAUCAAGAGGUGAGUCGCGCUGGAGCCAAAAACUUAGCCCUCUUAGUGAACGGAGUAGCAGACUUAGGCUACUCUUUUGAACAAGAACCGGCGUUGUUCAAACGUAUUUUGGAAGAAAUGGGGGUCUCCAAGAGAUGGGAGGACAAUCAUAGGGUACCCCUCGAACAACAACAAGGCACUUCAACAGGAGCGCAGCGCGUAAAUGUUGCUGUGUGGUCACAUGACGAAGAACUACAGAGGCCAACUUUCAAUACUACAGAGAUUGUAUGCUUGGUCUAUGGAUUUGCGAGGAUAUUGGAAAGUCAAUACCUACUCAGCAAUUGCGCUUUUGCUGAGCAGGUUUGAUAAGAUCUAAAUCAUUGCUAAGAAAGUAUUGGCUAGAACAGCGGUAGCUUAGUCCUUCUAGUUUUACCUUGCGCGAGGAACAGUAGCA